CUAAGACUCGUGACGUCACGUCCGAUGAGCGGAUGUUUUUUUUUUUCCCUUUGUAAGCUAAAUUAGCAUUUUCUUACUUGAUAGCGUUUUACAGCUUUGCUAAUAUAUAGUAUUUUGCACUGAUUUUGAUGUUAAUAUCCCUGUGACGACAAAAGAAGGGUGAAAUAUUCCCGCCACUAAUAGGCGCACUCCACAGUAACAGACCAAGCAGCAGCAUCAUGUCUGCAGAACUGGACCUGUCCCCUCCAGAGGUCCCUGAGCCCACCUUUCUAGAGAGCCUGCUUCGCUACGGGCUGUUCCUGGGUGCCAUCUUCCAGCUCAUCUGCAUCCUGGCUAUCAUCAUUCCCACAUCCAAGAGCCAUGAACAAGAGGAGACCGAGUCCACUGAUAGCAAGGCCGCUGAACAGAUGAAGAAACCUAAAGGACUGCCACCUCAGAUUCGACAGAAACCAAAGAAGGAGAGCAAAAAGAAACGAUAGAUGUCCGUGUGUGUUACCAGUGUGUGUGCAAAUGCGUGUGUGCGGUCAUCAGUGAGUCAACAUUGGCAUCGUUACUAGGUCAUAUGACAAUAAAAGAUUGCGUGCAUUUAAUAUGAAACACUUCAGAACACCCUUGAACUGUGUGUCCUUUACAUUCAGCACAGUAUUACAAAGACCAAAUUGUCAUUGAGUUAAAUGAUUGUUUAUGCAGCUACAUAUUUUAUUGGAUAUAUUUCAUUCAUUCAUCAAAGCUUAUCUGGUACAGGGUCAUGGGUGGAUGGAGCCUAUCCCAGUUGACAUUGGGUGAGAGGCGUGUGUGUGUUUUGCAUUUACUUUGUUUUAUAAUUGAAUAUCAUUGAUUGAAUUGUAUUUGGAUUUCAACAGACAAAUAAAAACAAUGUGUUGUCAUUCA